UGCCCGAGUCUUCGCUGCCUUGCAGCACCGCGCCAGGCACAUGGAGGCUCACUUGGAGCCGGUGCCGGAGCCGGUGGGCCCGGAGACCACCUCUGAUCGCCGCGGGCUGCGUUGCCUGCUGUUUUCCGACUUUCGAGAGGAACUGCGGGAGCUCCUGAUCCUGGCGGGCCCCGCGUUCUUGGCACAGCUGAUGAUGUUCCUGAUCAGUUUCAUAAGCUCUGUGUUCUGCGGCCAUCUGGGCAAGCUGGAACUGGAUGCAGUCACACUUGCAAUUGCAGUUAUCAAUGUCACUGGCAUUUCUGUGGGACAUGGCUUAUCUUCUGCAUGUGAUACUCUCAUCUCCCAGACAUAUGGGAGCCAGAACUUGAAGCAUGUGGGGGUCAUCCUACAGAGGGGCAUGUUAAUUCUGCUCCUCUGCUGCUUUCCUUGCUGGGCACUCUUCCUCAACACUCAGCACAUCUUGCUGCUCUUCAGGCAGGACCCAGAUGUGUCCAGGCUUACCCAGACCUAUGUGAUGAUCUUCAUUCCUGCUCUUCCUGCAAGCUUUCUUUAUACGUUACAAGUUAAGUACUUGCUCAACCAGGGAAUCGUUCUGCCCCAGAUCCUGACAGGAGUUGCCGCCAACCUUGUCAAUGCCCUGGCCAACUACCUGUUUCUCCAUCAACUGCAUCUUGGGGUGAUGGGUUCUGCAUUGGCCAAUAUGAUUGCCCAGUUCACCCUGGCUCUCCUCCUCUUUCUGUACAUACUAGGACGAAAACUGCAUCAAGCUACCUGGGGAGGGUGGUCCCUUGAGUGCCUGCAGGACUGGGCCUCCUUCCUGCGCCUGGCUAUCCCAAGCAUGCUCAUGCUAUGCAUUGAGUGGUGGGCCUACGAGAUCGGGAGCUUCCUGAGUGGUAUCCUUGGCAUGGUGGAGCUGGGAGCUCAGUCCAUUGUGUAUGAACUGGCUGUCAUUGUGUACAUGAUCCCUAUGGGCUUCAGUGUGGCUGCCAAUGUCCGAGUAGGAAAUGCUCUGGGUGCUGGCAACAUUGAGCAGGCAAAGAAGUCCUCUGUGGUUUCCCUGCUGGUGACAGGGCUCUUUGCUAUAACAUUUUGUGUCCUGCUGUUAAGCUGUAAGGAUCUUGUGGGGUACAUUUUCACUACUGACCGAGACAUCGUUGCUCUGGUGGCUCAGGUGGUCCCAAUUUAUGCUGCAUCCCACCUCUUUGAAGGUCUUGCUUGCACAAGUGGUGGCAUUCUGCGGGGAACUGGAAAUCAGAAGGUUGGAGCCAUUGUCAAUGCCAUUGGAUAUUACGUGAUUGGACUCCCCAUUGGGAUUGCACUGAUGUUUGCGACCAAGCUUGGAGUGAUCGGUCUGUGGGCAGGGAUCAUCAUCUGUACUGUCGCUCAAGCUGUGUGUUUUAUAGUCUUUAUUGCUCGGCUCAAUUGGAAACAAGCCUGUCAACAGGCUCAAGUACAUGCCAAUUUGAAGGUAAAUAUGUCUCCAAAUGAGAAUUCUGCUGUCUCUCAAGAUACAGUUUACCCAGUGGGUCCUGAAAACCAUGGAGAAAUUUUAAUGAGAGAUGUUGGAAAAAAAGAUGAGACUCAAUUGGACCAGCAGAUGCCCCAAGAACAACUUUCGCCUGUCCAUCCAAAGAAUGAUAAAUUGUCUGUGAAACAGUUGGCUCUGCGGCGAGGAGUCCUGCUGCUGGGCGCCAUUUUAAUCUUGCUAGUCGGGAUUUUAGUGAGAAUGUAUGUCAGAAUUCAGUGAUGUGCCGAGACAGAGGGUCAGGUCAAAUGAUACAGAUGUUCCUCAACUUACAAUGGGGCUACCUCCUGACAAAUCAUCAAAAAUUGAAAAUGUCACAAGCUGGGGCUGGUGUGCAGCUCAGUAAUAGAACUCAUGCUUAGUUUGAGGCUCUGGGUUCAAUCCCUAACCCUACGUGUAUAUAUAUAUUUCAUAAGUUGACAGUGCGUUUAAUACACGUACACUACCAAUCAUCAGUGUUAGUAACACAGCAUAUUGUGGAAUGCUGAUCCUUUACCCUUGUGAUUGUGGGACUGACUGGAAGCUGCAGCUUGCUGCUACAGCCCACUAUCUCAAGAGAGGAUUGUACUACAUUUUGCUAACCGGGAUAAACUCCAAAUUCAAAAUCCAAAGUAGAGUUUCUACUUUUGAAGCAUCAGAAAUAGAACCAGUAUAAGGCAGGGACCACCUGUACUUUUGAACCUACUUACAAAUAAUUCAUAGGCCUCUCAGUGGCAUUUCAUUUUCAGAUAACUUAGUUGUGUCUGUGGAUUUUAAGAAUGGAGAAUUCGAAGAUAUAUUUUCCUAAUGAAGCAAAGGAACGAAGGCAAAUGCUAUAUUCUGGUUCAAGAAAAUAUCUGAAAGAUGAUACUUGGGUAAUAAUUCACUCUCAAUCAAGGACCACUAUGUACUAUAUUCACCCGUGGCUUUCAUAUUUCUUCUGCCUACUGUUUUCUAAGACAACCCCAUAUACAAAGUGCUUUAGGAUUCUUACUGUGUGAAUUAUUUAAAAUAUAUUUUACAGUACAUCUUUCCUUGUA